ACAGACAGAGAAGAACAGACUCAAUGACAGACAGAGUGGGGGGGGGGUAACUGUGGGAUGGAUAGAGUAUGAACAGACAGAAGACUGGAGAACGGACCAAUCAAAGACAUACAAAACCACACACAAAGGCACAUGGUGCAACCGAUGAGUAGGGGCACCCUCACAGAAAGGCACUCUGAAACACAACUGCUAGGCUGCUGGACACUGCUGCAGGGGCUGAGCUGAGCUGGGCAUGGAACAGGACACUGGGUCAAGGUGCCAGUCUGCACAAAUGGACAGGAGAGUGUGAAGACGUGCAAAAACGAACUGACCCUUUCUAAGAGAUCUAGCACUUCAGGCCAUUCAGCAAUGAGUGACCACACACAGGAACUAGAAGAGCUGUGCUAUCUCACUGCCCAGUCUAUGACAUCACUGGUGACCUCGGAGCACUUCAAAGUGAUCAAGAAGCUGGGACAGGGCUCAUACGGCAAGGUCAUGCUGGCUGUGCACAAAAAGAGAGGCACCCCUAUGGCUCUGAAGUUCUUCCCUCGGUGCUCCACCACCCUUCACUCCUUCUUACGUGAAUACAACCUCUCCGUGUCAUUCUGCACGCAUCCCUCACUCACCCGUGCCCUCGGAAUUUUCUUUUCCACGCCCUCCCACUACGUGUUUGCCCAGCAGGCUGCCCUCUACGGCGACCUGUAUGACGUCAUCGUGUCGGAGGCAGGGGUGAAGGAGGAGCAGGCUCAGUGUGUGAUGUCUCAGUUGAGCGGGGCCGUGUCUUUCCUGCAUUCCUUGGGCUUCGUGCACCGUGACAUCAAGCCUGAGAACGUGUUCCUGUGUGACCCCAGGUGCCGCUGGGUCAAACUGGGUGACUUCGGCCUGGUGCGCGCCCGGGGGAGCCAGGUGCGCGCCGUCUGGUACAGCUCCCCCUUCUGCGUACCCGAGGUGGAGCAGGCCAAGGGGAGAAAAAAAGGAGGUGGGGAGGAGCAGGAGGAGGAAGCGGAGGAUAUCUGGAUGUCGGUGGAGCCCAGCCUAGAUAGCUGGGCCCUGGGGAUCCUCAUAUACUGCCUGCUCACUAGUUGCUUUCCUUGGGACGAGAGCACGUCGGACGACCCUACCUUCUGCGCUUUCCGUGACUGGUUCAACCGCACACAGCCGAGCGAGGGGAAGGAAGCAGGGGACCUCCGCAGCGUGGAGGCGAAGGAGAGGAGGAAGGGUGGCGAGGAGGAGGAGGAGCAAGACGCAGUGGCGGCACCUCCUCAUUUCCAGUCACUGAGCUCUCUGGUGCUCACCCUGCUCAGGCAGCUGCUCCACCCGCUGCCCCGGCUCCGCGCCGGGCCCGAGGAGGUGCUCUCCUACCUGGGCGGAGCCUGGCUGCUGCAGACAGAGCAGGAGGAGAAGAGAAGGGAGAAGGAGGUGCAGGAGGAGGUCAGAAAGGUGCGAGGAGGAGGAGUGGACAAGGACAGAGGAAGAGAAGAAAGAGGGGAGAGAUAGAAAAGAAGAGAAUACUGUUGAAACAAAUGACUUUGGACUGAAAACUGUAUAUAUUUAGGAAAACAGUACAUAUUCGUCCUCAUAGCAUUUUGUUACUUUUGUUACUAUGUAAGAUAGUGUGUGAUCUAUAUACAGGGAUAUAUUGUGAUACAGAAUUAUGCAAGGACUGUUUGAUGUGAUGCAACAAGUACACCGUACCACGCCUUUGUAGAAAUAUGAUAUCAAUGGAUGUGACCUUUAGGAUUUAUAUUACAUAUGUGUAGACUACAUAUUAUAUAUUAUUUUCAGCACAAAAAUGUUUAUGCAUUAUGCAAGUUGAAUUGCUGAGUAUAAUUAUUUUCUCACAUUACUUACUUUACAUAAUUGUACUAAUUAAAUGAAGUGGUUUCAAAUAUAAGUAGUAUAAACAAAUAAAUGAAUCAAGUAGGCCAAUUGAGCAUAAACCACCCACAUCGAUUAUCAGUUUGCAUGAACACACCAAGUUUAAAUUAAGCAGAACAGCUAAAGCGAUAUUAACUUAAUAAAAGGACUUAUAUGUUGUCUGUGGCUACAUUUCAAAUUAUCUUAAUGAUUUUUAAGAAUGUUUUUAAAAGAUCCUCUCACAGUUUGAUUAGUUCUGCAAGGAAACUGCAAAGUAAAAGUGCACACAAUACUUUAACUGUGCCUACAUGUAUACUACUGAAAAUUAGCUGGCAAGAUAGACAGCUUUCGAACACAUGAGGUGAAUUUGGAGUGAAUCCAAUUCAUUUGGGUGUGAAGCCACUAAAAGUGGAAUUAGGGUGUAAGUUUUGUUUACUGGUCUUUCUGUAAAUGACAUUUGUUUUCAACAAUACAGCCAAUAAAGCUCAUCUAGACACACUGAAACAAAUAGAAAUUAAAUUAUGGAAUUUGAGAAAUCGUGUAAUAAUGAAAUAUCCCUUUAAUUCUGUUAAACAUGGUCGUGUCAAUGUUUUUGAUAUUUUACAGCACAAAGUAGCAUAUGCAUAUUGUAUCAAUACUGUCUGUAUUGCAUUGUUGCAUUAGCAUUUUUAAAGUAGCAUAUGCAUAUUGUAUCCAUACUGUCUGUAUUGCAUUGUUGCAUUAGCAUUUUUAAAGUAGCAUAUGCAUAUUGUAUCAAUACUGUCUGUAUUGCAUUGUUGCAUUAGCAUUUUUAAAGUAGCAUAUGCAUAUUGUAUCCAUACUGUCUGUAUUGCAUUGUUGCAUUAGCAUUUUUAAAGACAAAUAAAAAUAACAAGUAAAAACCUCUCAGGAAGGACAACCUGUCUAGAAAAGCUAUCCUGCUAGACAGAGUGCAGUAACUUUCACUGGCAUGUCAUUCUCUCAGUUCCACUAAUGUCUCUGAUGUAAUAUAUUCAAAUAAACUUCAUAUCUGCCAUGGU